AUGCAGAAGGAAGUGAAGAUGAUCAAAGAUGAGGCCAUGCAUUUCACUUUGGGUGCGAAGAGGGCCCCCUCCUUUGCUCACUGCCUGCAGCCCGUGGCUUCCCGCGGCAAAGCGCCCCAGAGACACCCCUUCCCGGAGUCGCUGCGGGGGCCCUUCUCCCAGUUUCGGUAUGAGCCUCCUCCAGGGCACCUGGACGGGUUCCCGGAGGCCUUCGAAGGAGGCGGGUCCCGCAAACGCAAGAGCAUGCCCACCAAGAUGCCCUACUCACAUCCGGCGCAGGAAGCCACCGCUGCCCUCCGCCACGACCCGGGCAAAAGCCACGGCCCCCCGCCACCACUCCCGCUGCUGUUGGCGCAGCCGCCGCGUCCCAAGUACGACUCGCAGAUGAUCGACCUGUGCAACGUGGGCUUCCAGCUCUACCGCAGCCUGGAGCACCUGGGCGCCAAGCCCGUGAAGCAAGAGCCGGUGAAGCCCAGCGCCGUGUGGCCCCAGCCCGCACCGCCCGCCUUCCUGCCCGCGCCCUACCCCUACUACCCCAAAGUGCACCCGGGCCUCGUGUUCCCCUUCUUCGUGCCCUCGUCCUCGCCCUUCGCCUUCAGCCGGCACGCCUUCCUGCCCAAGCAGCCCCCGGAACCGCGCGCGCCGCGCGAGGCCGAGCCCCCCGAGAGCGAGAGCGCCAAGCAGAAGGUGGAGAGGGUGGACGUGAACGUGCAGGUGGACGACAGCUACUACGUGGACGUGGGCGGGGCGCAGAAGCGCUGGCAGUGCCCCACCUGCGAGAAGUCCUACACGUCCAAGUACAACCUGGUGACGCACAUCCUGGGCCACAGCGGCAUCAAGCCGCACGCGUGCGCCCGCUGCGGGAAGCUCUUCAAGCAGCUCAGCCACCUGCACACACACAUGCUCACGCACCAGGGCACGCGGCCCCACAAGUGCCAGGUGUGCCACAAGGCCUUCACGCAGACCAGCCACCUGAAGCGCCACAUGAUGCAGCACAGCGAGGUGAAGCCGCACAACUGCCGCGUGUGCGGCCGCGGCUUCGCCUACCCCAGCGAGCUCAAGGCCCACGAGGCCAAGCACGCCAGCGGGCGCGAGAACAUCUGCGUGGAGUGCGGCCUCGACUUCCCCACGCUGGCGCAGCUGAAGCGCCACCUCACCACGCACCGCGGCCCCAUCCAGUACAGCUGCUCGGAGUGCGACAAGACCUUCCAGUACCCGAGCCAGCUGCAGAACCACAUGAUGAAACACAAGGACAUCCGGCCCUACAUCUGCUCCGAGUGUGGCAUGGAGUUCGUGCAGCCGCACCACCUCAAGCAGCACUCGCUCACCCACAAGGGCGUGAAGGAGCACAAGUGUGGGAUCUGCGGGCGGGAGUUCACCCUGUUGGCCAACAUGAAGAGACACGUGCUGAUCCACACCAACAUCCGUGCCUACCAGUGCCACCUCUGCUACAAGAGCUUCGUGCAGAAGCAGACCCUCAAGGCGCACAUGAUCGUCCACUCCGACGUGAAGCCGUUCAAGUGCAAGCUGUGUGGGAAGGAAUUCAAUCGCAUGCACAACCUGAUGGGCCACAUGCACCUGCACUCGGACAGCAAGCCCUUCAAGUGCCUGUACUGCCCGAGCAAGUUCACGCUCAAGGGGAACCUCACCCGUCACAUGAAGGUCAAGCACGGGGUCAUGGAGCGGGGCCUUCACUCCCAAGGUUUGGGAAGGGGCAGACUCGCCCUGGCGCAGACGGCGGGCGCCCUGCGAGGUCUGGAGCAGGAGGAGCCCUUCGACCUGUCCCAGAAGCGCGGGGCCAAGGAGCCCGCCCUCCGGUCGGACGCGGACAGCGUGCGGGGCAGCCCCUGCCGCGAGGACGAAGACGACGACCCGAGCUACGAGGUGGAGUCCCCCAGCCCGGGCCCGGCCCCCCAGAGCCCGCCGCGCAGCGCGCCCCAGGACCCCCCGGCCGAGCCCGCGCAGGCCCCCGAGGCGCAGGGAGAAGAGGGCGAGGCCGAGGUGGAGGCGGAGAUGGAGGUGGAGGUGGCGGCCGCGGCCGCGCCGCAGCAGGAUGCGGGGGCGCGGGGCCAGGUGCACCCGGGCGCGGGCGCGCAGGGCGGCGCGGAGAGGCCUGGUGCGCGCCGAGACGAGCGGCCCCGCCUGCGAGCCUUCUCCGGCCCCCGGCGCGGCCCCUCUUUUUCUGAUUACUUAUACUUCAAGCACAGAGAUGAGAGCUUAAAACAAUUACUGGAGAGGAAAAUGGAAAAACAAACAGUGCUUUUAGGCAUCUAAGUGGACGGCUUUUAAAUGACACUUGGAAACGGAGAAGCGGGCAGUUCAAACAUAGCUUUCUGCACGCUUUGUCACCAGUGGGGGAAGGGCUCCGACUAACCGCG